GAGUGACGUCAGCGAGCGCCCGCGCCUGCGCGCUGUUCUCCUCUGCGGAGCUGAAGAGUAGUGUCUCCCAGCUCCCAGGGAUCCAGCCUGCGCCCGGUUCAAACCGAAGAUCAUGAACCGCAGCCGCCAAGUGACUUGCGUGGCCUGGGUCCGCCGCGGCGUGGCCAAAGAGACUCCAGACAAGGUAGAGCUAAGUAAAGAGGAAGUGAACCGUCUCAUCGCUGAAGCAAAAGGAAAGUUGCAAGAAGAAGGUGGGAGUGAGGAAGAAGAGACAGGCAACCCUUCAGAAGAUGGCAUGGAGAGUGCCCCGACCCAGGCACCGCCUAGGGAGCCCCUGGAGGAUGGGGAUCCACAAGAUGACCGCACACUGGACGAUGACGAGCUGGCGGGGUACGACUUAGAUAAUUAUGACGAAGAGGACAACCCAGAUGCUGAGACCAUUGGCGAGUCUCUGUUGGGUCUUACAGUCUAUGGCAGUAAUGACCAGGAUCCAUAUGUCACCUUGAAAGACACGGAACAAUAUGAGCAUGAAGAUUUCUUGAUUAAGCCGACUGACAACCUCAUCGUUUGUGGCCGUGCUGAACAAGAGCAGUGCAAUCUAGAGGUGCACGUUUACAAUCAAGAAGAGGAGUCUUUUUACGUCCACCAUGACAUACUCCUGUCUGCAUACCCUCUGAGUGUCGAAUGGCUGAAUUUUGAUCCUAGCCCAGAUGCAUCUACUGGGAAUUACAUUGCUGUGGGAAACAUGACUCCUGUCAUCGAGGUGUGGGACCUGGAUAUAGUGGACUCUCUAGAGCCAGUCUUCACACUGGGAAGCAAGCUUUCCAAAAAGAAGAAGAAGAAAGGGAAGAAGAGUUCCUCAGCAGAAGGACAUACUGAUGCUGUCCUUGACCUAUCCUGGAAUAAGACAGUCAGAAAUGUGCUGGCCAGUGCAUCGGCAGAUAGCACUGUAGCUCUCUGGGAUCUGUCUGUGGGGAAGUCAGUAGCCAGGCUUACUGCACAUACAGACAAGGUUCAGACUCUGCAGUUUCAUCCAUUUGAAGCACAGACUCUGAUUUCUGGGUCCUAUGACAAAUCGGUGGCUCUGUAUGACUGCAGAGAUCCCAGCCAGAACCACCGCCAGUGGCGGUUCAGCGGGCAGAUCGAGAGAGUGACCUGGAACCACUUCUCACCGUGUCAUUUCUUGGCCAGUACAGAUGAUGGCUUUGUAUAUAACCUGGAUGCACGUUCAGAUAAGCCAAUUUUUACACUUAAUGCACACAACGAUGAAAUCUCUGGUCUUGAUCUGAGCAGUCAGAUCAAAGGCUGCCUUGUGACUGCUUCCGCUGACAAAUUUGUGAAGAUCUGGGACAUCUUAGGAGAUAGGCCAAGUCUCAUUCACUCUAGAGACAUGAAAAUGGGAGUUCUCUUUUGUUCCUCCUGCUGUCCUGAUUUGCCAUUUGUUUAUGCCUUUGGAGGACAGAAAGAAGGGCUUCGGGUUUGGGACAUAAGCACUGUCUCUUCAGUAAAUGAAGCAUUUGGAAGACGGGAGCGACUCGUUAUUGGCGGCACGAAAGGUUUAUCUGUUAGCGGCCCCUGUGGGAGCAGGAGUCCACAGCAGACACCAAUGGAGUCCUGACAAAGAUCAGUUUCCUGCUGUGCUUACCUUAACUCCCUUUCAAAAGACUGGCCUAAAAAUGUCCACGUAUAUCUACAACCAUAGAUGGAAAUUCAGGUCCUGUUGCCAUCCUUUCUGCAGCCUUGGUGGCAGUCCACAGCCUUUGGGCUGCCUUCUACUGGGUACUGUACAGAGUUCUUGCCUUUCUCGAAAAUACAAAGUUUUUUAAAAACGAUUCCUUAAACAGGCCAUCUGACCUUUGGAACUCUAGGCUUAUAAAAUACAUGGUAACUAGAGAGUUUUUGAUACGGGUCUUGCUGUGUUAGCCAAGCGCUGGUGUGGUGGCUCGUGCUUGUCCCAAUCCUGGGGAGGAGAGAGACAGGCAGAUUCCUAGGACCCGUGGCUGCCCAGGGAAUCUCGCCUGUCUCCAUCUUCCCAGGCUAGGAUUACCUAUAUGCAUGGUAGGUUCAGGCCCUCGUGUUGGCAAAUCAAACAUUUCACUAACUGAGCAGUGUCCCUAACCCAUUGAUAAAUGUGAUCCCUAAAAGUAUUUUCACCUUUUGAAUGUUAAUCAUAUUUUGACAAUUUUUGGUUUUAAACUUCCAUGUUUUCAGGGAUAUUUUGUUUAAAAUGUCAAUAUUUUUUAAAUGGGGAUUUUGUUCAUACAAUUUUCUAUGAUCAAAAUAUUUUACUAAAUAGACAACAAACUGUCAGAGUAAUACAUAACCUUGUAAGUUUUGGUCCCAGUACAUUCUCUCAUCUAUUUACUUCAAAUAAACUUGAACUUGUCAAGCCCAUAAA